AUGCCGAUCUCGCCGCCUUUAAGUACAAAAUUGAAGCCUCAGCGUAGCAUGCGAAUCUAUGUCGGAUAUGAUUCUUCUUCAAUUAUUCGUUACUUAAAACCUUUGAUAGGCGAUCUGUUCAUCGCUCGUUUCACGGAUUGUCACUUCUACAUGACAGUCUUCCCACCUUUAAAGGGAGAUAAAAACGUCAACGUUCCUGAAGAACGACGCAAAUUAUCAUGGACGACCCCCAUUUUGUCUCAUUUAGAUCCCCGCACUGCUCAGUCUAAAACUGAAGUGCAGUGCAUAUUAGAUCUCCAGAGCAUAGCUCAGAGCAUGCCAGAUGCUUUCACCGAUUCCAGCUGCAAAUACGCCUGCAAAGGUGGACGUACCAAAUGUACGACGGACUUCCCUCCUGGAGGCCAAGACGUCAAUCUUGGUGAUCCACGUGCAUUAGCGGCUAGCCAAUCAUUUGCCUCUACACAAAAGUGUGGCAGACCUCUUGGUUUAAAGGAUUCACACCCUCGGAAGAGGAAAUCCACGGCACAGAGCCUACCAUAA